AUGCCGACUGCCAUGGACAAGGCGAUGCAGUCGCGGAACAUGUUCCUAGGCUUUGCUGGUCUCGUCGGUCUCGCAGGUCUAUGGAAUCUGUGGAAUGGGGAUAUGUUUCCUGCGGAAGGGGAUCCGAAAGGUGAUCCUGAAACCUGGACGGAGACAGAGUUGAGACGUUGGCUCAGAGCAAGGAAGCUUGAACCAAGCGAAAAGAUGUCAAGACAGCAGCUCAUUGAAAGGGUCAAGAACAAUAUGCGCCCAUCGACGGCUCAAGCCGCUACCUGA